UCUCUCUCUCUCUCUUUAAUCGCACGCUGUGCCCCAACACAAUACACUCACUGCACUUCCACCUUUGAAAGAUCGAUCAAUCUCUAUCGACAGCAAAAGCUUUUCUUACAACAAAACUGUUUUUUUUUUCUUUUGUCAAAUUAAUAUCUCUUUAGAAUCCCUACGAUUUACAUUGCCUAUCACUCGCACGUCGGAGAUCCCAUCUGCCCCCUUUACUGCCUCUCCGUUUGCGAGUCAAUUUGUGAUCUUUUCUCGAAAGCAUUCUGAGGAAGUGAGUCAAUUUGAAAAGGCUUUGAGAAAGAAGGGGGCAGUUUUCAUUUAGAUGACAAGUGUUGUGCUGCUAGGUUUUAUCGCGUGAUAUCAAACGACAAGAGUGGUUAUGGAAGUGCAGAUUCAUAUACUUGAGCAAGAAGCUUAUUGUGCUGUGUUAAGGGCUUUUAAAGCUCAGUCUGAUGCAAUCUCUUGGGAAAAAGAGAGCAUGAUAACAGAGCUACGUAAAGAACUGAGAGUAUCUGAUGAUGAACACCGAGAACUGUUGAGCAGUGUCCAUAAUGACGACAUUAUCAAAACGAUAAGGGACUGGAGACAGGGAGGUGGAAACCAAGUUGUUAGGCACGCAAAUAAUCAGUCCCUCGAUGUUCUUCCUAGUCCAGCUUUCUCAGCUUCUCGGAAGAAGCAGAAGACGUUCCAAUCUUAUCCAUCGAUUGGUUCUACUAGGAGUAGGUCAUUCAGUAACCAUGUAGUAGUGUCUGGUGCCGUAUCAGCUAAUGAACCUGCGGAAGCUCUUAUUGGAAGAAAAGUGUGGACUAAAUGGCCUGAAGACAACAGCUUUUAUGAAGCAGUAGUUACACAAUACAAUGCAGUUGAGGGUCGCCAUGCGUUGGUGUAUGACAUAAACACAACGAAUGAAACAUGGGAAUGGGUUGAUCUUAAGGAGAUUCCACCGCAAGAUAUAAAAUGGGGUGGAGAGGAGAAUGGGGCAGCUUUACAUGGCGGUGGAAUGACUCAUGGGAGUAGAAGAACGUUAAGCAAUGGUGGUCUAGGGAGAGUUCCACUAACUCAGCCAAGAAGAGACCAUCUAGUAGUAGCACAAAAUGGUGGUAGGAGGAAAUUUUUCGAUGAGAUCGAACUGUUCAACACAGACUCACUUGUGAAAGAGGUGGAGAGAGUUUUUGAUUCUAACCUUCCUGACCCGCACGAGCUUGACAAGGCCAAAAAGCUACUCAAGGAACAUGAACAGGCGCUUAUAUCUGCUAUUGCAAGGCUUGCGGAUGCUUCUGAUUUCGAAAGCGAUGGAGAAGAAGAGUAUAUGCAUGAGGUUCCAAUGCAUGAGGGAUAACAGUGUAUAAGGAAAGAGAUUCACCCAUCAACCAACCUUUAGCACAUUGACCUGCAAAAUCUACGAUGAAGUUUCUGCAAAGAUGAAAACAUUUAGUAUGUGGUUUCAAAAUGUAAUGAAAAUAAAUCGUUAGCAAUUCUUUUUGUAAAAACACAUUAAUUCUUUUCUCAAAUUUCUUAAUAAUUAAUUUGUGUGACAAUCAGGCCUAGUCAUCAAGGUUUGGCCUCUAUGUUUUAUCUUGGUUGUUGAUAAAUUUU